CUGACUUCAUGAAAUCAAAUUUGAUGUUGAUCUAUUUUCAGUGUGACCAAUGGUGGGAAAACCACUUUGACAAAUAGGCUGAUGAAGUCAUUGCCUAACUGUUGUGUGGUGCAUCAAGAUGACUUUUUCAAGGUAACCUUUGCCCUCUGCUACAACAUAGCUUUGUGGCAAUCCCUUUUCGUUGCAUGACCUUGCCAGGGGAAGGGCUGCUACAUUAGGUCCUGACUUUCCCUGUUUUAGCAAAUGUCCAAAACUCAUAACAUUAACCAUGAUGCAUGCCAUUGUUGAUUCUCUAUGCUCUUCUGCAUGUUAUUAUCCCUGCAUGCUUCAGCUAUGUGUGACUGGCUUGAAGUGUUCAGCAUGUAAUGGGAUCUGCAUGUAUACAGAUCACCCUGCUGUUGCAGCAAUGUUUUAUUGGUGACUGUUAUUUCAGAAACCUGAUCAUAUAGAAGUCGGGGAGGACGGCUUUAGACAGUGGGAUGGUAAGCCUGGAUUUCACUGUAGGAGAGUAACUGAUCAUCCAAUGUAUUUGGCCCUCAGUGUUACAAAGCAUCACUCAAAAUGACAUUUGAUAGUACAUACAAUAUUAAUACUGCCCCAAGACUACAAUCCCCAUUAUUCAAGACUGAAUAAAUUGUCUCCUUCUAAAUAUCCCUUCUAAACUUUGCUUUCCUUUCUGCCUUUCUAUGUUCUGUGCAGUGAUCACAGCAUUGGACAUGGAUGCCAUGGUGAAUACAAUACGAGGAUGGGCUGAGAACCCAGUGAAGUUUGCCCGCUCCCACGGUGUCAACGUGUCCCCUGCCACGGAGGUGGCUGACCCAGAGCAACCGAUCCACAUUCUGAUCGUGGAGGGCUUCCUUCUGUACAACUACAAGUAAGUUCACCUACACCACUGCUAACUGGAAAUGUACUAGCUAACAUGUCUUUUUAAAAGGGGGAAAAGUCAUCUGAUGGUUUGGUUUACAUUGCGUAAUAAUAAUUUAGUUAAUUGCAUUUCAAAGGGCGUGCAAAUUUUAGUUGUCAUGGUUAAAACUGUCAAGAUUAGAUUCUGAGAAUUGUAUGAAAACAAAUAUUUGGGGCUGUGUUAGCAGCUAGCUAGAGCUUGCUUUGCUCACUAGUACACAUUAAGCGCUAUGCUGGUCCUGCAAUGCUGGAGAUAAGAGAAAAUGUCAACUAAAUGAGGCACUCCUUGCUGUUGGAUGAUGUGUUCUCCAGAAGUGUGGUAUCUGCAUUAAGGGGCUGCAGAAUUACAAGUGACCUUGUUCUGACACCCCCCCCCCCCCCCCCCCCCAGGUCCCUGAUGGAUGUGUACAACAAGUGCUACUACAUCUCCAUUCCAUACGAAGAGUGCAAAAGGAGGAGAAGGUGUGAAUGGGGAGAUCUCAGAUCCCUAACAUUCAUAUGUAGCUAUAGUAUGGUUGUUCUGGCUGAAAAAAUCUCAUUUUUUUUUAUUGAAUAUGUUGCUAAAUUCAUAAUUUUGUUUCCUUUUUUAGUACAAGACAAUACACUGUCCCCGACCCUCCUGGGCUGUUUGAUGGCCAUGUGUGGCCCAUGUACUUGAAGCACAGGAAAGAGAUGGUGGAAAGCUGUUUGGACAUCGGUGUGUGUGUAUAUAUAUAUUUUUUUGUUACUUUUUCUAUUUGUCAAUAAGCAUUCUUGAAUAUCUGCUGUGCAGUUAGUUUUGUAGCCAUUUUAGUGGUGCUAGCUAGUACAGUGCCUUGCAAAAGUAUUCAUCCCCCUUGGCGAUAUUCCUAUUUUGUUGCAUUACAACCUGUAAUUUAAAUAGAUUUUUAUUUGGAUUUCAUGUAAUGGACAUACAUAAAAUAGUUCAAAUUGGUGAAGUGAAAUGAAAAAAAUAACUUGUUAAGAAAAAAAAUCUACAAAAUAAAUAACGGAAAAGUGGUGCGUGCAUAUGUAUUCACCCCCUUUGCUAUGAAGCCCCUAAAUAAGAUCUGGUGCAACCAAUUACCUUCAGAAGUCACAUAAUUAGUUAAAGUCCACCUAAGUGUCACAUGAUCUGUCACAUGAUAUCAGUAUAUAUACACCUAUUCUGAAAGGCCCCAGAGUCUGCAACACCACUAAGCAAGGGGCACCAUGGGGUGGCAGGUAGCUUAGUGGUUAGGAGCGUUGUGCUAGUAACCGAAAGGUCGCUGCUUCUAAUCCCCGAGCCCACUAGGUGAAAAAUCUGUCGAUGUGCCCUUGAGCAAGGCACUUAACCCUAAUUGCUCCUGUAAGUCGCUCUGGAUAAGAACGUCUGCUAAAUGACAAAAACAUUUUUUUUUAAAAGAAGACCAAGGAGCUCUCCAAACAGGUCAGGGACAAAGUUGUGGAGAAGUACAGAUCAGGGUUGGGUUAUAAAAAAAUAUCUGAAACUUUGAACAUCCCGCGGAGCACCAUUAAAUCCAUUAUUAAAAAAUGGAAAGAAUAUGGCACCACAACAAGAGAGGGUCGCCCACCAAAACUCAUGGACCAGGCAAGGAGGGCAUUAAUCAGAGAGGGAACAAAGAGACCAAAGAUAACCCUGAAGGAGCUGCAAAGCUCCACAGCGGAGAUUGGAGUAUCUGUCCGUAGGACCACUUUAAGCCGUACACUCCACAGAGCUGGGUUUUACGGAAGAGUGGCCAUCCCCACAAUGAAGCAUGGUGGUUGCAGCAUCAUGCUGCGGGGAUGUUUUUCAUCGGCACGGACUGGGAAACUAGUCAGAAUUGAAUGAUGGAUGGCGCUAAAUACAGGGAAAUUCUUAAGGGAAACCUGUUUAAGUCUUCCAGAGAUUUGAGACUGGGACGGAGGUUCACCUUCCAGCAGGACAAUGACCCUAAGCAUACUGCUAAAGCAACACUCGAGUGGUUUAAGGGGAAACAUUUAAAUGUCUUGGAAUGGCCUAGUCAAAGCCCAGACCUCAAUCCAAUUGAGAAUCUGUGGUAUGACUUAAAGAUUGCUGUACACCAGCGGAACCCAUCCAACUUGAAGGCGCUGGAGCAGUUUUGCCUUGAAGAAUGGUCAAAAAUCCCAGUGGCUAGAUGUGCCAAGCUUAUAGAGACAUACCCCAAGAGACUUGCAGCUGUAAUUGCUGCAAAAGGUAGCUCUACAAAGUAUUGGCUUUGGGGGUGGGGGGGUGAAUAGUUAUGCACGCUCAAGUUUUCUGUUUUUUUGUCUUAUUUCUUGUUUGUUUCACACACAAAAAUAUUUUGCAUCUUCAAAGCGGUAGUAGGCAUGUUGUGUAAAUCAAAUGAUACAACCCCCCCCCCCCAAAAAAAAUCCAUUUUAAUUCCAGGUUGUAAGGCAACAAAAUAGGAAAAUGCCAAGGGGGGUGAAUACAUUCGCAAGCCACUGUAGCUAUCUCUUCUCUUUGGCAAAUGUCCUGAUCAGUGUUUACAUUUGUCUACAGCGUAUUUGGAUGGGUUGAAAUCUAAAAGAGAUCUACAGCCAGGUCUAUGAGGACAUCCAGAAUACACUGUUGAAUCGUUUAUAGGUAAGCGGUGACACUGGUUUGUCUUAGCCAAUGUCCCCUAACAGUGUUGACGUUAAAUUGAGUGUGGUUAUCUAACAUGACCUUUCUUUUUGUACUUUACAGCAGGAACUGAAUCUCCAAACCUGUAUAGACCUGUAAAUAGCACCAAGACUGAAGACUCGUCUUUUUCAUUUUGUAUUUAAGUUUUUUUCUCAUUCUAUUCCUUGUUGUAAAUAGUAUUUGGAAAAUGUACUUGCCAAACUCUUUAAUCUCCAAUUAAAUUGGGUUGUCACUAUUCCAAGUGACGUUUUAAUGUUAUUCCUGUGUCCUGUCUUUAUUUACAAUUCUAAAAUUAAGUGUUUUCCUUAUCAAUCUAAACACAAUACCCCAUAAUGACAGUUUGUUAAAUAAUUUUUUACUAAUUUAUUAAAAUAACAAAACUGAAAUAUCACAUUUACAGGAUGCACCUGAGCUCAGUUUCGAGUCUCUUAGCAAAGGGUCUGAAUACUUAUGUAAAUAAGGUAUUUCUGCUGAGGAAUUUAUUUUAUUUAAUC